GUGAAACUGUGCGCUGGCUAGCCAACUUUACCCAAGAACAAGUUUAUGUGUUUCUUUUUGUAAUGAGCCUUUUACUUAGACUCAUCAUGAUUAAGAAGCUCACGAUAGAUUGAUUCCACAAGACAGCUGACUGACAAAUCGCGAUCUUUCCGAAAUCUUUCCAAGCAAUAGUAUGUGAUUGUCAAUGUGGGUUGGAUACCCGUGUGUUUAUGUUUGUCAUUUUUGUCGUGUAAAAUCACCAUAAAUCUUCCUCGAAAAUCGACGCACUCCGAAUUUCUGAGUUUUAAAUUGCCCCCAACUCCCUUCUCCUUUUGAUCUUUACUGCUCUUAGCUGCUGUCUGCUGUCCCUCAGGAUCGAUUCUGUGUGAGACGGAGAUCAUAAUGUCAACCCCAAUCAUGGUACCAUUGACGAAGCUGCUCAGUGCGUUAUGGACCCCAUCUAUUCCUCUGGGCAAUCCCUCAAAGCUUCCAAGUGAAGGUCUUCAAGACUCAUGUACCAGAGGCUUCCAUUUUCUUGUUCGAUUAGCCUGGGAGUCAAGAUAUAUGAUCCCAGUCAUGUACGCAGUUUUCUCUUUCCUCUUUGAUAUUCAAAUGAGGCUUGAGAUCAUUGUUCUUCGUGAAAGGGUGCCAAUACAUGAGGUGGAGGAAGAAGAGGAGGAGGAAGAUGCAUUUCCAGCGCUGGGUCAAGAGGAAGAUCUCAUGCAAGAGUCUGAAAGUCUAGGAGCUCCCAGUGAGCCUGACAGUCCGUUGGAAGGGGAGGACGAUCAGUGAACUCUGCCCGAAUGUACAUUCCUCACCCAGCAGCAUAUGUAUUUCAGCUGUUGAUUUUUCGUCUUUCUCUCUAAUUUAUUUGCCACUAGUAAUAAUGUGAUAUUAAUAGUCUCAGUAAAUUUUUGUGUUUUGUUCAGUUUGUAUCAGGACUACCAAAAUUUACUAGAAGUUUUAGCAAAGCAGAGGCUUAUUAUUUUGUUUAAAUGUCUAAUGUUUUUUAUGCAUACAUGUUCAUUUCUUUUAAAUGUUUUAGUUUACAAGGGCCAUAAUAAUUAAUUUUAGUUCUGAUACUGGUAUGUGUUUACUGAAUCACCUCAACCAAUUCAAAUGAAUUAAAUUUGAAAAAUUUGAUUUUGAAGUAUUAACUUGGUUUGUCUUAACUUUUUCGAACUUUUUGUGUUCUACAGUACUACUUUAGGUAGAAGCAGAAAAAGUUAUCAUUUUUUCUCUCUUUCUCUUUUUUAAGUGUACUUAGUUUUACAAGCUAACCAUGGUGUCAGCGACAUAAUGUAUACAGGAGUCAUACCUUAUGUACAUUGACAGAAAAAAGUGAUUUUAGUCUUGGUGUUAAAUAUGUUUUUAUCUUAGAUCUUAUCACCAUGAUAGUGUAAGGAUUGUUAAUGAGCUAAUGACAUGACUGUGAUGAAUUUGAAAUAAUGUACAAAUGCCAAGCUGGUUAGAAAUUAUGUUUCACCAAGAAAUAUUUAAGACUUCUAGCUCUCCUUAUUUUAUUAUAUAGAAAGGAAGUAAACAAUUAUUACGGAGACCUGGAAAAUAAAUUUUUAGUGAUGCUGAUCCAUUUUGCUUUUAACAAUAUUUUAAUAUCUGCAAAAUAUGUACAAGUUUCAUAAAAAUAAAACAUGAGUCUGAUUCACUCUCUGAGAGUGAAUGUCAGUAGCAUUUUAGAAACAUCACAAAUUUUUAUUUGUGAAUUGUCUUACCUAGUCCCAGCGUUGAAUGGCAAGUUGCAUGUUAAAAAUAUCUUGUAGUCCUCCAUCUUUAAACCUGUUAUGAGGCUAGACACUGCAGGUGCCUGUGAUAGAUAGUGAUGUGCAUCCAUGUUGUCUGUUGAGCAUUUUCAUUUCAUGUGAAGUAGAUUUAAGGGAAUAAAUCAGGUCUGAAAAAAAUU